AUGUUACUCUGGCAACUCCUCGGUUUGGUGGGCUCCCUCAUGCUCUGCAAAGGCCAGAAGAAUGGUGUAGGUGAACUGUGUGAUGACUUUACAGACCUGGACUUCCAUGAGUGCUUCCUUGGGACCACCCUGAAUGUUAAGCUGCUGCUCUACACCAAGUCUAACCUGCGCUGCGGCAGAGAGGUGAACCACCACCACCUGUCCUACCAGCCACUCUUCAACUUCUCCCUGCCCACGGCCUUCGUCAUCCACGGGUACCGGCCCACCGGAGCCCCUCCGGUCUGGGUGGAUCACAUCGUCCAGCUGCUGUCUGAGCAGGAGGACAUGAACAUCCUGGUGGUGGACUGGAACAGAGGAGCUGCUAACCUUAACUACUUCACUGCUGUGGCCAACACCCGACAGGCUGCCAACAACCUCACCGGCUUCAUACUCAACAUGCAGGAGGAGGGAGCGCCUCUGAGUUCAAUCCACCUGAUCGGGGUGAGUCUAGGAGCUCACCUAGCUGGGUUUGUAGGAGCAAACCUGAAGGGCAAGAUUGGCCGCAUUACAGGUCUGGACCCAGCAGGGCCCAUGUUCACUGGAGCGACUGCUGAGGAGAGACUAGACCCUUCAGACGCCAUGUUUGUAGACGUACUACACACUGACAUGAACUCGUUUGGUCUCAAAGGUCAACAUGGCCAUAUUGACUACUAUGUCAAUGGAGGAUCUGAUCAGCCAGGCUGCCCCAAGACCAUCUUCUCAGGAAAGUCGUAUUUCGUGUGUGACCACCAGCGCUCUGUGUUCCUGUACCUGUGUGCUCUCAACCGGACCUGCAGCCUCACAGCCUACCCUUGCUCCUCCUUCAGCGACUUCCUGGAUGGGCGGUGUCUGCAGUGUGAAGCCUUUAAGCCCGCCCCCUGUCCCAUGCUAGGUUACGACAUCAGCAGGUGGAGGGAUACUCUGUUGCGAUUGGGUCAGACCAAGGCCUAUUUCACCACCACUGCCACGUUGCCAUAUCAAAAGACCAGCUACAGGGUGGACAUGGUGACAUGGAACCAGUACCUGCGCUGGGGAGUCGUCAUCCUCAGACUACACAGUGGCAGGAACUUCAGUGAGGCACGCAUAGACCGUAAGCGGUUCAAGUUUGAGCAGUACACCUCCACCCGUCUGUUGGUCCAGUUUGAUGAGGACGUGCAGCCCGUCCAGAAGAUAUCCCUCCGCAUCGCAAGCGGCAAUAUGAUAGGCCCUCGCUACAAAAUCCGACUACUCCACAUCCGCCUCACCCACCUGGAGCAACCCGACCGCCCGCUGAUGUGUCGCUAUGACAUCAUCAUGGAGGAGAAUAUUGAGGUGGCGUUCCGCCCGCUGCCCUGCGACCCUCGCCUCUGAGCCAUCACUGGAGACCGCUCCCCUCACAUACACACAGGGCCUCCCCAGUCACACACGCAGAAACAAAAGGGGCAGAAAGUUGACCGCGUUCACCCUCACACUGCCUGUCUUGUCUAGCCAAGCUGUGGGAUCACAGGCUUUGGCAUACCAGGGGUGUCAAACUCAUUCCAUGGAGGGCCUAGUGUCUGCUGUUUAGGUCUUAAUUGAAAGGGGAAAAACUAGACAACCAGGUGAGAAGAAUCCUUGUGAAAAAUCAGUGAAUACCCGCAGACACUCGGCCCUCCGUGGAACAAGUUUGACACAUGUCAUAGAAGGUGAAGACUAGGUGGAGCCAUUGCCAUGUUUCUGACUGCUCUCCAGUGAUUACAGGUGAGAGGGCCUUCCGAUUGUUCUUUGGAGGACAACAGAACACUAGUGGACCAUACAGACAUUAUUGAAGUCAUUAAUAAUGAUGCUACUCAGUGGGAUUCAUCUUAUCAUGGGAUUUUUUGGACUGCUCUCGCUCUCUGCAUUACGAAAGAUGGUCGUGUUGCUAUGACAUUUCUGUAUUUUAAUGCAGACAGAGGGCAUUCAUAACCUACUAUAGCCAGUCAUAAGCUCUUAUAACUUCAGUGUAGCUCCUGGUUUGUGUGGGAGUCAGUAUCUUGUCCAUU